CCGCCCGCAGCGAGAGCCGCGCAGCCUCCGCUAGACCUGCGGUGCGCGGCGACAUGGCGGGCGGCCACCGCCUCCUGCUGGAGAACGCGCGGCAAGUGGUGCUGGUGUGCGCCCGCGGCGAGCGCUUCCUGGCGCGGGACGCGCUGCGCAGCCUGGCGGUGCUGGAGGACGCCAGCCUGGUGGUGGGCAUAGAUGGGUUCAUAAAAGCCAUCGGUCCUGGUGAUGCUAUCCAAAAACAGUUUUCAGAAGAAACAUUUCAAGAAAGAAUUGACUGUACCGGGAAAUGCAUCUUGCCAGGUUUAGUGGAUGCACACACACAUCCAGUAUGGGCUGGUGAAAGAGUUCAUGAGUUUGCGAUGAAGUUGGCAGGAGCCACAUACAUGGAUAUCCACCAGGCUGGAGGAGGGAUCAACUUCACGGUGGAGCGCACGCGCCAGGCCUCGGAGGAGGCGCUGUUCAGCUCCUUCCGGCAGCGGCUUGGGUGCAUGAUGAGGGCGGGGACGACGCUGGCGGAAUGCAAGAGCGGAUACGGCCUCAACCUGGAGACGGAGCUCAAGAUGCUACGCGUGAUUGAGCGCGCCCGGCGGGAGCUGGACAUCGGCAUCUCAGCCACUUACUGCGGGGCUCACUCGGUGCCAAAAGGAAAGACUGCUACUGAAGCCGCUGAUGACAUCAUCAAUAACCACCUCCCAAAGCUGAAGGAACUUGGCAGAAAUGGGGAAAUACACGUUGACAAUAUAGAUGUGUUCUGUGAGAAGGGCGUCUUUGAUCUCGAUUCCACCAGAAGGAUUCUUCAAAGUGGGAAAGAUAUAGGGUUACAGAUUAACUUCCAUGGGGAUGAACUCCACCCAAUGAAGGCUGCUGAGCUCGGGGUGGAACUGGGAGCCAAGGCAAUCAGUCACCUGGAAGAAGUGAGUGAUGAAGGCAUUGCUGCCAUGGCAGCGGCCAGGUGCUCUGCUGUCCUCCUGCCCACCACGGCCUACAUGCUGAGACUGAAGCAACCUCGAGCCAGGAAAAUGUUAGAUGAAGGGGUAAUAGUCGCUCUGGGCAGUGAUUUCAACCCUAAUGCGUAUUGUUUUUCAAUGCCGAUGGUCAUGCAUCUGGCCUGUGUGAACAUGAGAAUGUCCAUGCCCGAGGCCUUGGCUGCUGCCACCAUCAAUGCCGCUUAUGCCCUGGGAAAGUCUCACACUCAUGGAUCUUUGGAAGUAGGAAAACAGGGAGAUCUCAUUAUCAUCAAUUCAUCCAGCAAAGAACAGCAUCAAGAAUCACCUUUCGGCAAACAGGUUCCUCAGCACAUUUUGCUUCACUGAAUUUUGGUUUGCACUCCUGUCUCCACCUUUCCUGUGGACAGGCUGCAACCUAAGAGAAGACUCUACUGUGAAAAGGCUGUAAUCAGGUAGGCGAGCUGGCAAGGGUGCCUGUCCUUUCCUUGACAAGCUGCAGUUGUUAGAGCCAUGGUUUCACAUUCCUGCACUUGGAAAGCGCCUUGCUCAUGUUUGCACAGAAAGGUGCAAAGUCACAGCUUUGGGAAGCCAAGAAGUCAUGUGACCCAUCCUUCAUCGGGACAAUUACACUUAAGCCUUUCCAGGAGGUUCUUUAUCUUCUUUUGGAGGAGGGGAGGGAACAGAUUGGGUAACAUCCUAGGGUGCAUCUGACCUUUGUCAACGGGGCCUUGUUUUAAUGAUUACCAUUAUAGAGAGGGGGUUGGUUUACUCUGAACAUCAGAUUCCUUACCUGUGAAAUGAGGAGGCUUCUUAAGCUGGGUUAUUACAGGAAUGUGAAUAGAGACUAACACAUGGUAAAGCAGCAGUAACACUAACCUCCUACUGCAGCUUAAGCAUCUGAAUCCUUUUUUUGAUAUGUGUAGUGACAUUUGAUAAAUAUGAAAUGCACAAUUCAUUGAGAACCACUCCCAUAGCAACCUUUAUAUUCAUUCCUUAACUCCUUUACACAGAAUCUCUUGUUGACCUAUUGGCUAUUCUUUACUAUGAUUCAAUGAAUAAAAGAAAAAGCAGCUUAAGAACUAAUUAUGACUUAAAAAGCGUUGUUUACAGAGACAUAUUAAGGAACAUUCAUCAUAGCAUGGCACAGUACAAUCAGCCAGAGUUAACUAGUGGAGAGUUUGACAAAGCAAAAAAAAAAACAACAAAAACCAAACAAACCCAAAACCAAAAAAAAAAAAAGAUUCACAAAA